AUGAUACUUCGUCUUUUCAAUGCAUUACUUGGAUUUCUAACUCGACCGUACAUUGCUGUACAAAAGCAUCUUGUUCUAACAUUGCAAUCAUAUUUUCCAGUCGAACUCGAUGAAAAAGUGUGGUACAUACUCUUUGGCUUCUUGACAUUCUGCUUACUCCUUAUUGCAUACGUUCUGAGUCAAUGCGUAACGAUCACAGAUGCUGAUGACGAUCCUGUUUAUCGUCGAAAACAGCUUUACGCAGCACAAAAACGACAGAAAAAAACGAACUGA